GCAAGCAACAGCAGGGAAGUGAAUUUCAGACACUGCUGGAGGCUGAGGAGACCAAAGCCACCUCUGACGGUUCAAAUAAAAAGCUUUGGUCCCUCAGAACUCUACCCUUCCAGCCCUGCUCUGAAGCCUCAGACGUGAGAACCAUGUCUGUGACCCUGCAAGCUGUCCUCUACAGUCUUCAGGAGGAGCAGUCCAGGCUCAAGACGAGGCUGCAGGAACUACAGCAGCUGAAAAGGGAGCGCAUAGAUGCUCCCAGAGACAAGAUCCCAUUCCCGGUGCCUGAAGUCCCCGUGGUAUUCCAAGGUCUAACUAAGCAGAGUGGCCAAGCACCCAAGUCUCUAGUUUCUAACUUGAAGAUCUGCUGCCCUCUGCCUGGAGGUUCUGCUCUGAUCACCUUUGAUGACCCCAAAGUGGUUGAGCGGUUGCUACAACAAAAGGAACAUAAAGUUGACAUCGAGGACUGCCGGCUGCGGGUGCAGAUCCAGCCCUUGGAGCUGCCUAUGGUGACCAACAUCCAGGUGUCCAGCCAGCCGGAUAGCCACAGGGUGCUAGUCAGUGGCUUUCCUACUGGACUUAGGCUGAGUGAGGAGGAGCUACUGGACAAGUUAGAGAUCUUCUUCGGCAAGGCCAAGAAUGGAGGUGGGGAUGUGGAGACCCGGGAGAUGCUGCAAGGGACUGUCAUGCUGGGAUUUGCUAAUGAAGAAGUGGCCCAGCACUUAUGCCAGAUUGGCCAGUUCAGAGUCCCACUGGGUCGGCAGCAGGUCCUUUUGAGGGUCUCUCCCUAUGUGAGUGGGGAGAUCCAGGAAGCUGAGAUCAAAUUCCAGCAAGCACCUCAUUCAGUGCUGGUGACGAAUAUUCCCGACGUCCUGGAUGUGCAGGAACUGCAUGACAUUCUGGAGAUCCACUUCCAGAAGCCUACCCGUGGGGGCGGAGAGGUGGAGGCCCUGGCAGUUGUACCUGUGGGGCAGCAGGGCCUGGCUGUCUUUACUUCUGAGUCAAGCUAGGGCUGCAUGUCCACCUGCUGGGCAUGGGACUGCUCAUUGCCUAAUGCUACCAAGAACAGUGAAAGGCAA